GAAGUUCAAUGAAAUUUAUCAUAGAAUGUUUAUUUCACUUUGUGUUUGUUUUAUGUUCAUCAGUGAUUUUACACGCCAUAUCUGCGUCAGGCUUCAGUGCUGUGAACAAAGACUACCUUAGAAAGAGGAAUUCUUUUUCUUGCAACUCAAGUUACUCAAGAAAAAGAAAAAUAUGGAUUCAGAGGAUUACACUUUCUUCAAACAAACAAAUGAUACUUUUCCAGGUGUUACACAAAAAGUUAUUAAUUUCAAAAGGAAAAAAAUUGAAGAACUACAAAACGAAUUAGUGAAUGAAGAUUUAGAAGGAGAAAUUAUUCUGUUGGAUACAAAUAUUGCACUUAAACCAGAACCUUUAGGAAUUCAGACUCAGGAAGAAGAUGAUUAUAUCGAAAUUCAGGGCAACGAACUCGAUUUUAAUGGCACAGAAUUUGUUGAUGUGGAUGGUAAUACUUAUAAAUUAUUGGGAGAUGAAGUUGAUCAAAUGAUUGAUGAUGAUGAAUAUAUUCAGUUUGAUACUAAUGAUCUAGAGGAAGGUGAAGUAAGAGAUGUUAAUACCGAAAUAUUUAGAAGAAAUUUCAUCAAUACUAACCGAUUCCAAUGCCCAUCAUGUGAAAGAUCCUUUUCUCAAAAAGGAAAUUUGCUGCGUCACUAUCAGACACACACUGGUAGUAAACCUUUUGGUUGCAAAUUAUGUGGCCACAGAUUCACUCAAAAAUCAAAUCUACAGAAACAUUUGGCCACACAUAAUGGAGAUAAGAGGUUUGAGUGUGGAGUUUGUAAUAAAGGUUUUGUUCAAAAAGCUAAUCUUAUUCGUCAUUUGAGGAUUCAUACAGGUGAGAAGCCAUUUGAGUGUGAAUUAUGUGGACAUAAAUUUACCCAAAAGGGCAAUUUGAACAAACACAUGCAGCUUCAUACAUCACCAUCAGAAAGUAGAUGCGAUUUUUGUGAUUGUAAAUUCUCCACUUAUAAAGCUAAAAUGAGACAUGAGACUACCGUGCAUGGAGAUAACUUGAACGAUUUUCAAUGUGAUGAAGUAGAACCUAAUGACAACCAAUGCACUGAAUGUCCAGCUACAUUUAGGACGAAAAGAGCACUUCUAAAGCAUAAAAAAUACCAUAAGUAAGUGAAUAAGGUGAUAAACUCGGCUACAGCAGAUCUUUCCUUCAAACCUAGUUAGCUUUAUUUUUGUUUCUGAAAUAAUUUUUAUGAGAUAUGUAUAUAUGUAUAAAAAUUCUUGUUAUUUAAA